UCAAUAAAAGGCAGCAGCAGAGGCCGGGAGCUGACAUUUGGUGCUUGGAGGAUUAUCAUUGCAAAAGUCGCUUCGUGCUAAAGUUAAGUAAAAUGCCAGGAUUUUUUUUUUCUCACAACAUGACUGAAUUAAAUGGAAAAGAAGACUGCAAGCUUGCAGAAGGCAAAAUCCAUAAAAAGAAGCAAAAGUCUUUCGGUGCAGAUCUCAAAAACUAUUUGAAGUGCAUGGUACCACAUAUUGAAUCUGGGAUCAAGACUUCCAACACUAGAAAUGUCCUGCUCUCUACAGAGGAAGUUAUUCAGUGGUCACAGUCUUUGGAAAAGCUCUUGGCCAGCCAAAGUGGUCAAGGUAUCUUUCGGGAGUUCCUGAAGUCAGAGUUCAGCGAGGAAAACAUCGAGUUCUGGCUGGCCUGUGAGGAUUACAAGAAAAGCAAGUCUGAUCACUUACAGGGCAAAGCAGAGAGGAUUUAUGAGGAGUUUGUUCAGUCAGAUGCUAUUAAACAGAUCAAUAUUGACUAUCAGAUGAGAGAAGCAACAGCCAAAAAGGCUCAAGACCCAACUCCCACAAGUUUUGAUGAAGCCCAGAAAACAGUGUAUACCCUUAUGGAAAGGGAUUCAUAUCCCAGGUUUUUAAAAUCCAAAACCUACCUGAACCUUUUGAACCAGCUGCAACCCAACACUUCAAAAUAAGAAGAGUUUGAGGCAGCAAAGAGCCAGGUAAACUCUGUGUCAAGUAUCCUGACAAGAUCCUUCAGGGUGGUUGGAUCUUGGCAAGGAAAAUCCCUGCCUUGGAAGGAAGAGCACGAGGGAGAUGCAAACAGCUCCACAGCCGGGACAAUGCAGGAUAAAAGCUGUCAAAGCUGUCACAAGAGUGAGAGCAGCACAAGGAGAAAAUCCUCUCCUCCCAUACACCAUAGAGUCAAGACAGGAUAUGGAUACUAUUUGUUGUUUGAACUACACUAUGAACAUUGAAACAAGUCUUAGAUCCCAAAGAACUGCUGAUCAUUAGGAAGUGCAAGACUAUCAAGCUGAAUGCUGGGAAAAGAUUACCAAAUUGAGAAG